ACCCAAAAUUCCAAAAUAAUCUCCCAUUUUUCUUCUUUUCCUAACCUCUUCCCCCUCUCUCCUUUUCUCCAUCUUCCAUUGCCUUGCACUUUCAAAAUCAUCCACUCAACUCUCUCCCUAUUCCCAUAUUAAAUAAAAUCUUUACUGUCGUUUCAAAUGUUCUCUCACUCUCACCCCAUCAAGUUCCAAAAACCCCCUGUCUUUCAUCUUCACUACUUCUUCUUCUUCUUCUUCUUCUUCUCUCUGUGUUUCAAUCCCACACAUACCCAACUCUAGAAUUCCGAUCAACAACCGGCCAAGUUCCGCCAACAAGUCCUCAGAGGAAAGAUUUUGACGGAGGAACAAAGAGAGUUUCUUCAAAUGGAUGGGAGGUUCCUUUGUAGCACUCUAAUUCUAUUCCUAUUCAUUCACUGGUUUUGCCCAGGUUCAUCAAGGGCAGAUCCUACACAAAAACAGGGGAAGCAAUUCAGAGCAGCAUCAAGAAAAUCUUCUACAACUCAAAAGGACAUCACGACCCCAAUAACAACAGUCCCAACAAUCAACAUCCCAACCAUCCCCAUCAUAAACCCUGCCAGUUCCAACCCCGAUACCGUCUCCCCAGCCAUGACGACCCCAAGCUUUACACCGUCAACCACCAUCAGCGGUGGCUCCAGCUGGUGCAUUGCGAGUCAGAGUGCGUCGCAGGCGGCGCUGCAAUUAGCUUUGGACUAUGCGUGUGGCAUAGGAGGCGCCGAUUGCUCGUCGAUUCAAGGCGGAGGAAACUGCUACAAUCCUAAUUCGGUUCGAGACCAUGCUUCUUACGCGUUCAAUAGCUAUUAUCAGAAGAAUCCGCUUCCGAAUAGCUGUAAUUUUGGAGGCACUGCCGUGAUUACUAGCACCAAUCCCAGCACUGGCACGUGCGAGUACCCAUCAACAAGCACAAGUUCAUCGGUUUUGAACACUACAAAUUCAAGUGGCUCCACCGUGUUCGGCGCCGUUCCUUCCGGCCCUUCCUCCUCCUCCUCCUCCUCCUCAUCGGCACUCAUUUUUCCUUCUACCCAAUAUUUUUCCUUAUUUACAAAUUUUCUUCUUUUUAUUGCUUUCUAAAAACUUCUCCCUAAUUUCUAAUCUCUCCACCAUUUUGUAAAUUGGGUUUUUUUUGUUCUUUUACACCACAAAAAUAACUCCACACAUUAUAUUCUAAGUCCAUACCACAAACACACAAACACCCUUUUUUUUUUUUUAAUCUACCUAACAGACUUAAGUAAUCUUUUUCUUUCAAAAUUUUAGACAUGAAAUUAUAUGAUUGCUAAAAUGGGUUUUCUUUGGAAUGGUCGAGAUCGAAUCUCGGGGUUGAUUAUACACAUUUAUGGCGCUGCUCAGGUUGGUUUAA